AUGAUUGAUCGUGUUGAGCAAUUGGAAUCUCUAAAUGCAAAAUACGUGGCAAAACUGGCUGAUUUGCGAGGACUAUCAUUCACUGUUGGUACCAUUGGUAAACAAAAUGAUGAACAUUAUCGUCUACAGAGUGAUAUUAUGGCAGUGAACUUCGAUAAAGUUGGCUAUGAAUCUGAAAUCGAACUCUUUCAACUGCAAAUCAAAAUCUAUCAACAAAUGAUCCAAGCUGAAAAUCAAUCGAUCGAUGAACAACGACUGAAAUUAGAACGAGAAUUGAAUCAAUCUGCAUCUGCUCUUGUCAAUCUACGUACAUCCUAUGCAGAAUUGGGACAGCAAGUUGGAACAUAUCGCGCAACGUGUCAAGAUAUGUUACAGCAGUAUCUGAGAUUAGCCAAAGAUUGGUCCAUUUCGAAGAAGCAAAUAAAUGAAUUGAAGAUCAGAGUGCAAAUGACGAAGAAUCAAAUUAAAUUUUCGAAGAUUUUACGUUCGUAUGUACUAAGCAAGAACGAUGUAUUUUCAAUGGAUAUGUCUGAUUUUUCUGAAUUCUGGAAGCAUGAAUGGGAACAAAUUAUUAAGAAAAUACGUCAUGAUUUUGAACUAUUAUAUGGAGCAAUGCAUCAAGAAACAAUUAAUUUUUAUGAAAUGAAAACCAAAGAAUUGCAAAUCGAAUUAGAACAAAUAACACAAUAUCAACCAGUUGAAAACGAAAAACAUGUUAAGUUUCAACAAAAACUCCAGAGCGAAUAUGAAGAAGUGCAGAAGAAAUUUGCCUCUGAAAAACAAGUUCUAAUGGAAUUGGAAGCAACAUAUUCUAAAUUAGAAUCCGAAUUGCAAACUAUUCAAAUGCAACACGAAGAACGAUUCGAAGCACAGUCAAAUGAUUUACAUUAUUUACAGGAAAGUAUUAUGGCAAUGGUGAGUAGUGUCGAAGAAAUGCAACGAAGACGUGUUGAUUCGAAGGUCGUACUUCAAUAUACACUACCCAAUGGACUUCGACUUCAACCAGGCAGUGAAUUAAAUGUCUAUUCAGAGUCAGGUGCUGCAGUUGCUCAAAAAUCGCGGGCUCAAAGUGCUUUUCCAUCAUCUCUACAUCAGGAACUUGUCCUUAAAGAUAUAUCUUCAAUGGGUAGGUGA